UUUAUGGAUAUUUUACAGUUAUGUUGUCGUUUUUAGUUUCAUCCGCGAUAGGAUUGUCGUCAAGGCCCUGGAGGACAUCCCCGAGGGCGGAGAAAUACUUAAUUGUUACGGUAUCGACUACAGAGCGCUCGACAGGAAUCAGCGACAGAUUGCUUGUCUGGAGACGUACCGUUUUGUUUGUAAAUGUGAAAUUUGCGAGGAUCCUUUGAAAGAAAUCGGCGACUUGGAUAGUUUUAAGUGCACCAAGUGCCAAGGGGCGUUACCGAAAGUACCCGAGAGUGAAUCCUUGACUCCUUGCGAUUCUUGCCAUAUAACGUUCUUCACGGAAUGCCUUAGAAUUGCCAGAAUAAAGGCUCAAAGACAUUUUAAUUUGGCUCAAGAGGAUGCCGCUAACAGGCUGAAUUGGUUGAUGAGGUGUCUGAAGCUCAGGGAUAAAGUUUUAUAUAAAAAUCACGAGGAAAUGGAGGAACUCUAUUUGGCGUUUUUCAAGUACUUCCUGGAAAAUGAUGAUCCCCUCAAUACAUGUAAGUAUUUCCGUUUGUGGCUGGACAUCCAGAAGGCAUGGAAAGGGGAGAAUUCCCGGACGGUCGGCGUGAAAUUGUUCGAGACCGCUUUGGCCGUCCUCGUUUGCUGUAUAAAAACCCAUCCCAGGAACCUCGGCAGUUUAAA